AUGGCUCCAUCAAACAAGGGCCCUGCCCCCAUUGACGAUGGAGGCGAAAAGAAGAAGAAGACCAAUGACAACCUGGUUGGAAAUGUCUUCCAGAAUGCCACCAUCGCUGGAGCUGCCUCGAAUUUCGCUGUCGAUGCCAAGGAGGAUGCCACUGACAACGACCAGGUCAUCGUCAACCACCAACGACCUACCGAACUCUGCCAACGACACCAAGAUGUCUGCCUCUCCUUGUAA